AUGGACUCCGCGAGAGCAGAUGAACCAGUUUUGAGAAGCUCGGAAAGCUCAGACACCAUUACUCCUUUGCUGGCGGAUCGCAUCAAGAAUUCAUUAGAACAGGUGAAACAAUCCAUCACGCUUGAUCCACUUGAACUGCACACUGUGGGCCUUCUACUGUCAGUAAAUGGUAGUCCCAGUAUCGAAAAAUUGCGCAAGGAGCACGCUUCAAACCGCAAGCUUCAAAUCGUGAAGGAGAAAUAUGAAGACGCAGUCGACCUCCUACGGAAUCCAAUAACCAGAUCAGAGAGAGGUGAUCUGGAGACCCAAAUGAUUGACGUACUGGUCAACUAUCCAUGUAUUCUUGACAUCCAAAUAUCGGAUACUGAAUCUAUCGAUCAAACAAUUCUGUUGUUGGCCAGCGCGCUCACUAGUUUGGACUCACAGAAGAUGCUUCUUAGAGUUCUGCUGGUUGCGGCUAUUGAAAUGGAAAAGUUCCCAGCACUCAACACCUUCUGUCGGGGCGAAAGGCACUUAGGACUCACUGUUGCACAUGUUGUUACUCUAUAUCAGUCUGACGAAGACGCAAGAGAGCUGUUAAACCUUUUGCAUGACGCAACACCAGGGAACGCUGGGCGACAGCUAGUGUACUUGGGAGCAACUCGAGCUGAACCUCGUUCUUUACCAUAUCGAAAUGAGUGGAUUGAAGAAAGGCAGGCUCGAGGUUUGAAUUUCAGAAAGGACGGUGCUCUGUAUUACGGGAAUUCAGUGCUAUCUUUUGCCGCCUGUCUAAGCAAAACUCAAGUCGUUGAGUACUUGACACAAGAGAGGGACGGUCCUAUGCUGAAUAUCAAUUGUCCAGACUCUUACGAGCCCGUUUCGAAUCCUGUUGAUUUGAGGCUGCUUAAUGGAAGAAUUGGAGACGAGUAUCGCUUGACUCCGUUUCUAUGUGCUGUCAACGCGAAGCAACAUCAGUUUGUGCAAAGGCAUGCUCAACGCUUCUCGUCGACCCCUCCACUGCAGGGGGUUGAGGCCACGUAUUCUAGAUUUUCCCCUUUACAGAGGAUUACGUACGACAUUGAGGGAGUCGAAGAUACGUUAAUAAUUUGUGCUGUCAACUUUGGAUGGCUGUAUAUCUUCACAUACGCUCCUGGCGUUCGGAAGCAGUUCGGGUUGCUCUUUGCCGUCUUGGGGGUCUUUGCCAGUGAAUAUCUGGCGUCCUUUUUCACUCUCUUUGUCGUCAUGUAUAUGGGAGCUGGACUUUCUUUACACGUCGCUACUCUGGAUCCAACGAAUUCGCUUCCAGAUAUCAGCAACUUUUUCGACUCGCUUUUUUACGCGUUUCGUAUAGUUUUGCAAAUCGGGGAUUAUCAAACAGAAACCAGUAGUGCUACGCUUGGAAGACAGGCUGUAAUCGUCUACAUUGUAUGGAUUAUGCUCUCUGUUAUCCUGCUUCUUAACAUUUUGAUAGCAAUGCUUAAUGCAGCAUAUAAUACCAUCAUGGGCGACGAUCGAGAACAGGAAAUCAUUUUCAACUGGGCCGGCCUUCUCAUACAUCUCGACCAAGGAUUUUUCAAACUAAAAAGUAAUAGGCUUCUUUGGGGUCAAUUGAUGGACGCCCCAAAGAGAGCUGAAUCGGACGAAAGAUCUACCAAAAUGAGCACCAACUCAGACGGAAUCGAGGUUACAACACGAUAUGAAUUCGAACGGUAUUUCUCCCAGUGGCCCCUUACUGCUGUAGGCCCAGACGAUAUUGACACUGGCACGCUCGACAACGGCAGCAAGUUUGAUUCUUCUCGUGAUCGAGGCUCGCCAUUUACUUGCAAGAUUGGUGUUGGUGAAGUCAUUAAAGGUUGGGAUGAAGGAGUUCCCCAACUUUCUCUUGGAGAACGGGCCAAAUUGACCAUCUCUUAUGACUAUGCUUAUGGUGAACGUGGAAUGCCUCCAAUCGAAUUGGAAUUGACAGUCAACCAAAAGACUCAAAACUUGCGACGAUUAGAAGCACAACGUAAUCAGCUGAAUGCCAAAGUGAGAUUAUUACGUGAAGAAUUACAGCUAUUGCAAGAAUCUGGCUCGUAUGUCGGUGAAGUCGUCAAACUGAUGGGCAAGAAGAAGGUCCUAGUCAAAGUACAUCCAGAGGGAAAAUAUGUAGUGGAUAUUCAUCAGGAUAUUGAUAUUGCGUUGCUGACUCCUACUGUACGGGUAUCGCUCAAACAUGAUAAUUAUGAGUUAUACAAGAUACUGCCAAACAAGGUCGAUCCAUUGGUAUCCUUGAUGAUGGUAGAAAAAGUGCCAGACUCGACCUACGAAAUGGUGGGCGGUCUAGAACGUCAAAUCAAAGAAAUCAAAGAAGUCAUUGAACUCCCCGUAAAACAUCCUGAACUCUUUGAAGCACUGGGUAUCGAUCAACCCAAAGGUGUAUUGCUAUAUGGUCCUCCAGGAACGGGUAAAACCUUGCUAGCACGCGCAGUAGCCCACCACACAGACUGUCGCUUUAUACGAGUAUCAGGAUCCGAACUUGUCCAGAAAUAUAUCGGUGAAGGAUCACGUAUGGUUCGCGAAUUAUUUGUCAUGGCUCGUGAAGCUGCUCCAUCAAUCAUCUUUAUGGAUGAAAUCGACUCUAUCGGAUCUAGCCGUAGUGAAUCUGGCGGUGGUGGUGAUAGUGAAGUACAACGAACCAUGCUUGAAUUGUUAAACCAAUUGGAUGGAUUUGAACCUACGCAGAAUAUUAAAGUGAUCAUGGCCACUAAUCGUAUUGAUAUAUUGGACUCGGCAUUACUACGACCGGGACGUAUUGAUCGUAAAAUCGAGUUUCCACCACCAAAUGAAAUUGCUAGACUGGAUAUUUUAAAGAUUCAUUCUAGGAAGAUGAACCUCACUCGUGGAAUUGAUUUGAGGAAGAUUGCUGAGCAAAUGACUGGUGCUAGUGGUGCUGAGGUUAAAGGCGUAUGCACAGAAGCUGGAAUGUAUGCUCUGAGAGAACGUCGUGUUCAUGUUACUCAAGAGGACUUUGAAAUGGCUGUUGCCAAGGUCAUGAAGAAGGAUUCUGACCAGAAUAUGUCCAUUAAAAAACUGUUCAAGUGA